CCGCUUAUAAAUUCGGCCUCGUGUCGUUGACCUUCUUUACUCUCUUGCCGCCUAUGAUGCUCAGCCUCGCGCGCCACUUUCAUAAGCUGCUUCCUUCCCAAUAUCACUCUUACAAGGCUUGGUCUUGUUUCAGUCUAGCCAAACGAAACCAACUCCUUGCGGCGAAAGAGCCCUGGUAUAGAAACACGAAGAAAUUCAGUUCCUUUGCAGCCAUGUCGACUCCAGAGCCACUCCCCAACCCCCAGCGUGUCAUCACCGACACUGAUCUCGAGACCGGCAUCUCCCACUUCAAUACGACGCUGGACGAAAGCCUUGCGGUUAAACAGGAUCUAGGAGGCUCCUUAUUCCGCUUAGGAUAUAUCACCGAUAAGACCCCCAACACACUCGAUGGCACCGAUCUCACCAACUACACUGAGUACUUGGAGACUGCCAGCGUGCCUCCAGUCACCCUCCCCGACGGCCGUGGUAUGAUCUGGUACAUCGACACUCCUCCCGGCAAAGGCAGUCCUUCCCACCGCACCCUCAGCUUCGACGUCGUCAUUCAGGUCGCAGGCGAGAUCGAAUUGACUCUCGAGUCAGGCGAGAAGCGCAUCCAGAAACCUGGUGACAUGGUCAUCCAGCGCGCUACCACUCACAGUUGGAGAAACCCCAGCGAAGACAAGUGGGCCCGUAUGGUUGGUGUCAUGUACUCCAGCAACCCUGUGGUUCUCAAGAAUGGUACCGAGCUUGGUCCCUCCGGGCUCUAAUCGCCUUAUCAGCAUUGGUAUAGACUAUUUGUGUCUACAUAGAACAGCCAAUUAUUUUCGAGCUCAUUUUUAAGAUUUUCA